UCUACCUGAUUCAGCCACUCUUCAAACAGAGCUUCCCACGAUCACCAUUAUCAAGCCCUAACCAAUUUUUUCUUCCCAUGAUCACCUUCUCCAAGCCCUCACCCACGUUUUCCUCAACCUACAUUGUCUUCCUCCUCUAUUUUUUCUCUAUAUAAAUGGCAACCACUAGAAGUGGUUCGAAAUCACCAUCUCCGGCGAAGAAAGUUUCUAAAAAAUCGAAGAAGGCUCCAGCUGUUACUUCCAAAGUCGAACCUAAAAUGGGGUUAAAAAAAAUUGCUAAAAAUUUAGUGGCUGAUGUUCCAGAGACAUCGGCCUCUAAGAAAAGAGCCCUUCCUGUUAAAGUAGAUGCUCCUAAGACUAAGAGAGCAAAAAUUUCCAAGUCUGCACGCGAUGUUUCCUCAGAUUCCGAUUUUGAGGAUGAAGUGCAUGGUGAGGACCAAAAGCCCAAAGUUGAAUCAAAGGUAAUUUAAAUUUGCUUGGUUUCAUUUUAUUGUGUUAAUUUUUACAUGAGCUUUUUAGGUCACUGGUUUAGGUGUUUAUUAGGAUGUUUUUAUGUUUUUUUUGGUGUUCUUUAUGUAUUUCUGUCAUGUAUUGUGGUUGAUGUUGUUUUGUUGUUUUUAUUCAGUUGUUGUUUGGUUGUUGAAAAAAAACCCAGUUCAAUUCGUAUUUUGUCACAGUUUUGAAUUGCUUUUCCCCAUUGGUUGGUUAUAUGUUUUUUGUGAAUUUGUUUUCGGUUGUUUUACACACUAUUGGUAUUGAGAAGCAUUUUACUAAUUUCAAUUGCAACCAGAUCUUUCAGUUUAUUCUUUAGUUUUGUAUAUGUUUAUUGUCAGUUUUUUCUCGGUUGUUUGUCACACUACUAUUAUCGACUACCAUUUUCGAAAUUUCAUAACAACGAGUUUGUACAGUGUUGUUUUUAUUUUAGUUGUUUAUAUUUUUUUGAAAGUUGUUUAUCUCUUACAUUUAUCAUACUGUAAGGGUUUAGGAAAACGUUGUUUUUAGGUUUUUUAUUGGCUGUAAUUUGGUUACUACAUUUUCAUAUAUUCUUUGUUAUUGUAUCUAAGAUUUGUUGCUUUUGUUUUUCUUUUUUGUUGCAGGUCCAUGCUAGGACCUCAGUGAAGGUUGAAGGAUUUGACCUACCAAAGAAAAAUCCCGCUAAGGUGUCUUUUUUUUAAAAAAAAAUAUUAUUUUUAUUAUUUGUUUUCUAUUUUUUUUUUAGUUUUUUUUGUUUUUGUCCUGAUUUAUUUUGUUUAUAUUGCUACAGGAAUGGGAUUAUAUAUAUGACCAGAAGAAUCUGUUCAUUGCUAAAGCCUUUUCCACUGCUACUUUCCAGGUGAUAGAGAACAUUAAAUCUUGUCUUUCAGAUGUACAGCUUGAAAUCUUUUCAAAAACCUGUUUUGGUCAUUUCCUUGACCUUCCCGAUUUUAAAGUUCAACCCCAAGUGUUUCAUGGGUUGUUGCUCCGAGAGGUUCAGCAACCUAAUGAUGCUGAGUUGUGGGUUAUGAUACGCGGUGUUAGGCUUAGGUUUAGCAUUGAGGAAUUUGCA